UAGAUUGCAACUUCGAGCACAUAAUUUUAAUACAUAUCCAAAAUUAGUAUCUUGAAGUUAGUAGCGUUCAAGACCAAGUACUAGAAUAGAAAAAAUGAGGAAAGAAAUCGUUUUUGUGUUGUUUCUUGUGUUCUUGAUGGGAAAAGAAUCAAGUGCAAUGAGGUACAAACUUAUAAACGAGAUAGAUGUUGAUUUAUCAGCCAGAUCUAUAUGGAAUGUUUACAGUUCUAAAGAUCUGCCUAGCCUUAUCGUUAAGUUACUACCAGAAGUUUUCGAACGGAUCGAUAUUCUAGAAGGAAAUGGUGGCGUCGGUACCGUCUGUCGCAUUGUUUUUCCUCCCGGGUCGGUGCCACGUACAUACAAAGAGAUGUUCACGAAAAUAGAUCAUGUUCAUCGUUUGAAGGUGAUGCAACAAGUUUCCGGAGGGUACCUAGCCAUGGGUGUGACAUCUUACACAGAUAUGUUCAAAAUCAUAAGUACCGGUCCCAAUUCAUGUAUCAUCAGAUCCACAACAGAAUAUGAAGUUCCUGAUCAUCUUGCUGAUAAAGUUAACACACUCAUCAGCAUCGAGGGUCUCGUUCCGAUGUAA